AUGUCGUCCGGUAAUAUGCUGAAACCAAAGAAGACUGAUAGAAAUGCGUUUUUAGCUUGGAAAAGAGACAUGGAAAGGAAAAGAUAUGCAAAAAUAAAAAGUGAUCCCGAACUAUACGCAAAAUAUAAAGAGAAUAACAAGAAAAAGUAUCAAAAGCGCAAAGAAGAAGGAAAUGUCAAAAUCAUAAGUUUCUUCUAUUGCGAGGGUGGUGAUUUUGAAAUAAUAACGUCCCAAAGAGGUGGAAACAUAUUACUGCGAAACGGACACCGUUAUACAACCAAACGUCUGAACACUAACGGCAGCAGGGCUUGGAGAUGUGUCAAAAGGAAGAUCUGUUUCUACUAUUGCGAGGGUGGUGAUUUUGAAAUAAUAACGUCCCAAAGAGGUGGCGAUAUAUUAUUGCGAAACGGAUACCGUUAUACAACCAAACGUCGGAACACUAACGGCAGCAGGGCUUGGAGAUGUGUCAAAAGGAAGAUCUGUAAGGCGACAAUUGUCACACAUAACGGGAAGGUAAAAAGAGAAGAGGUACACAAAUGUCAACCAAACUACGUAGAGAAUGAAUUGAAGAAGUUUAAACAGAAAUGUAUAGACAAGGCUGAGACCGAACAAAUACCUAUCUCUGAGAUUUAUACACAGACAGUACAUGAACUGAGAAGUACUGGUUUCGAGUUCGUUGAUGAAAUACCGGAUUAUAACAAUAUAAAAACGGCAUUGUAUAGCCAUAGAUCUCGUGCUAAAAAAAACAAACAAGAAAAUGUAGACAAAUCUGAAGAAAGUUAAAUGUGCUUA